AUGCAAGAGGUGUGCAGCACGUUGGACACCACCCAAAUGGGCGCCCAGAUCAAAUCAGAGUCGCCGCUCAAUCCACUCCAGGUGCAAACCGGCCAGACGACGGUGGUGCCGGUUGUGGCCGGGGCAGGGCCACAGGGGCCGCAGGGACCGCCGCCGGCGGUGAUGCUUGUCAACAAAAUGGCACCGAACUGUGAUAAACGAGCGGCCGACACCGCCUACUGGAUGGCCUCCGAGGGGGGCUUCAUCAACUCCCAGCCAUCGAUGGCCGAGUUCCUCAACCAUUUGAGUCCCGAGAGUCCGAAAAUUGGCACACCUGUUGGCGUAGGUGGUGGCGGUGUCAGUGUCGGUGUCGGUGGCGGAUAUCCUGUUGUUGGUGUCGCUGGUGUGCCACAGACACCGGAUGGGAUGGACUCGGUGCCCGAGUAUCCCUGGAUGAAAGAGAAGAAGACAUCACGCAAGAGCAGCAACAACAACAAUCAGGGUGAUAACUCCAUAACUGAAUUCGUUCCAGAAAACGGCCUGCCCCGACGUCUGCGCACCGCGUACACAAACACGCAGCUGCUGGAGCUGGAGAAGGAAUUCCAUUUCAAUAAAUAUUUAUGCCGCCCAAGAAGAAUCGAAAUAGCAGCCAGCUUGGAUCUGACCGAGCGACAGGUCAAAGUUUGGUUUCAGAAUCGUCGCAUGAAACACAAACGACAAACGCUCUCGAAGACCGACGACGAGGACAACAAGGAUAGCCUCAAAGGUGACGAUGAUCAAUCCGAUAGUAACUCCAAUUCGAAGAAAUCGUGUCAAGGCUGCGAGCUGCCCUCCGACGAUAUACCGGACUCCACGUCCAAUUCGCGAGGACACAACAACAACACGCCCAGCGCCACAAAUAAUAAUCCAAGCGCAGGAAGUCUUACUCCGAAUUCAUCGCUGGAGACCGGCAUCUCGUCCAAUCUGCUGGGCAGCACCACCGUAUCCGCCUCGAAUGUCAUCAGCGCCGACUCCAGCGUGGCCUCCAGCGUUAGCCUGGACGAGGACAUCGACGAGAGUCCCAUCAAGGUGAAGAAGAAAGACAUGGACGGCCAUAGCCAGGUCAUCAAAAAGGAGGCCGUUUCCACCUCAUCCAAGGCCUCGCCAUUUGGCUAUGAAGCGGGUCCCAGUUUGGCUAGUUUCCGGCGAGACCCCGACGCUGCUGCCGCCGCCGCCGCCUCGAAUCCGCCUGCGGCCAAGGCCGGCGGCAAGAAGCGGUAUCAGAACGCCAAUGCGAAUGCCAUUGCGAUUGCCUCCCCGCUGAGCGACAGCAGCAGCGCGGCUGGUCCGACUGGGUAUUUCCCUGGACCUGGCUACUAUCCCAAUCCGAAUGCCAAUCCUAAUCCGAACCCGAAAACUUUGCAAGCGCCGCAGCAAAUACCGCAGGAUUAUUACGGCAAAUACGAUAUUGAAUUCGCCGCCUCGCCGCACCAUAACCCGCACAAGCAACAACAACAGCAGCAGCAACAACCGCUUCACGGCGAUUAUCUAAGUCCCAAACCAAACGCCAAUGUGGCUGCCAAUGCGAAUUUCCAUCAAAACAGUCAACAACACCAACACGAACAGCAGUUCUACUACAACUACAAUGACACCAAUGGCGGCAGCGCGUACAUGAACCACCAGCAGCACCAACAGCAGCUGCAUCCAGUUGGUGACUUUGAGGCGCCACCUAUUAAUGGGCCGAGCAACUUCUAUGAUCCCAAGACACAAACGGGCGGCGCCUACUACGACAACAUGAAUUUCCAACACCAAAACCAACAUCAGUCUGUAGUCUUUCAACAACAGCAGCAGCAUCAACACCAGCAACAGCAGACGCCAAUAAAUCACCAACAGCACAUGCACCACAUUGGAGCCGGCGAAACGUACAGUGCGCUUGGCUUGCAAAUGGAGAACUGCGAUGGCUACAACAACUUUGGCGGCGGCUACUAUGAGCCCGGCCCAGGUCAGCAACAGCCGCCUGUUCCGCCCACGCACAGCCACCCCCACCCACACGCCCACCAUCCACAUCAUGCCAUGCAGGCUCAGGCCCAGGCCCAUCCACAACUGCACGCGCACCACAAUCCGGCUGCGGCUGCAGCUGCUGUUCAGGUGGUUGCUGCGCCGCCUCCGCCGGCCACGCAUCUCAACUCGAAUUUCGUGUUGAAUGGCGCCGCAGGACCCGUUGGACAGAUACAGGCGUUUGCCAACACUGGCGGCUCAGUGGUUGGCGGCCUCGAAAACUCGAACAGCUCUUCGGACUUUAAUUUUCUGAGCAAUCUGGCCAACGACUUUGCCCCAGAAUACUAUCAACUGAGUUAGUUCUAGUAGAGCAGAGUUAGAGCACGAGUGUAAAUAAACUGCAAUGUCAUCCAUGUAGUUCAAUUAUCUGACAACCCCCCACCCCUCCCCACACUCCUUUGUCGUAGCACAUAUCUGUAAAUAUGUUCGUAUGACUGUCCUCGCACCAUAUGUGUAUGUAUGUAUGUAAGUAGGUAGAGUGAUAAAUGAAAUAUCCAUUAAUAUAUAUAUGUGUAUGUAUAUAUUUAUGGCUCGCUUCAGAUCUUUGAGACAGGUAAAUCGGUGCAGAUUUCAUUAAAAUAAACAUCUGGCUAAAAGCCAGCACGCGAUAGAAGUAAACUCUCUCCGUUCAAAAAAAAAAAUUAAAAAAUCCAAACAAA